AUGGAGGCAGCCUCUUACCCGCUGGACCCAGAUCUAUUGAGGGAGGUUCUUGAAUGCCCUAUCUGCCUGGAGACCUACAACCAGACUCAAAGCGACCAACUCCUGCAGUGUGGUCACACAGUGUGCCGGCAGUGUCUAGAGAAGCUGUUGGCUAAUACUAUAAAUGGUGUGCGCUGCCCCUUCUGUAGCAGAGUGUCCCGUAUGAGCAGUAUCUCCCAGCUGGCCGAUAAUCUCACUGUGCUCAAGAUCCUUGAUUGCACUACAUCCUGCAGUGCUGCUACUGCUGCCUUAAUGUGCAAGUCCUGCUACAACCUACCACGACAGUACUGCCAUGACUGUGCCACAUUCCUCUGCGAGCUCUGUAAAAGAGGGCCACUGCAUCAAGGACAUUCAAUACAGCCAAUCAGGGUGGCCGCUGAGCAGCGUCGUAAAGAGCUCGGUGGCAAGCUGGCUUCUCUGCGUGAUGUCAUGAGUGAAAUUCAGAAGAAAAAAUCAACUAUUGACAACAUUUCCAAGUCCUUGAGACUAAAGUACCAGGCAGUGCAGCAGGACUACGUGUCAGCUGAGCUACGUCUUCAAGAGGAACUCGGCCGGUCUCGAAGGACAUUCACAACUUCCAUGGCAGAAGUGGAGAAGCUAAAUGGGCAGGUCUUGGAGGAGCAGACAUACCACCUUAACAUUGCAGAGGUAAAAGUGGUGUCACGCUGCGAUUAUCUGACAAUGCUGGUGAGGCAGAGUGAUAUCGCUUUGCUAAAGGAUGAUGGCGAAGGCAGAGAUGAUGAAGAGAUAGAUUUGAGUAGCAGCUUGCCCACCAUGUUUCAGCUGCAAGAGCCCGAGCUGGUCCGAACAGAGCACACUAAACCUGUAGAAGUGGGCCAAGUUACCACAAACACUUAUACUGUCAAUACAGAGGAUGAGGAGAGUGGGCUGGAGGUUGCACUUGAGGGUGAUCUAGAGAGUGUAGCUGGGGCAAUGGGGGCUACAGGUGGUGGAAGGGGGGCUCCAUUGGACCUUUACAGAGACAUUGACAUGUUUGCCACUAUAGAAGAGGCAGCAUGUGGUUCACCAAGCAGCUUUAAGUCAAAGUCCAUGGAUGCAGGCGGGGGGUCACCUGGAGGGGCUGGGGCAAGUGCAGGCCCCCAAGUCUGCCAGUUUGUGAAGAAGAUGGGCUGCAAGGGAGCGCUACCUGGCACCUUCAAUUUACCAGUCAGCAUCUGUGUGACUCCACACGGUGAGGUCCUGGUGGCUGACCGUGGAAACUACCGCAUCCAGAUCUUCAACCGCAAAGGUUUCCAGCGUGAGAUCCGCCGCAACGCCAGUAGCAUCGACAACUUUGUUCUGAGCUUCCUCGGAGCUGAUCUGCCCAACCUCAUCCCCUUAUCCAUUGCCGUCACUCCUCAAGGCCUGAUUGGGAUCACAGACAACUACGAUAACUCAGUUAAGGUCUACACUAUGGAUGGACAAUGUGUGGCCUGCCAUAAGACGCAGCUGAUUAAACCCUGGGGCAUUACUGCCACGCCAUCAGGCCAGUUUGUUGUGUCAGAUGUGGAAGGGGGCAAACUAUGGUGUCUAACAGUGGACCGCAAUGUAGGUGUGGUCAGCUACAACCGAUUGUGCUCUGCUGUGCGGCCAAAGUUUGUGACGUGCGAUGCGGCUGGAACAGUCUAUUUCACCCAGGGUCUAGCCCUGAACUUUGAGAAACGUCACAAUGAGCCCUACCUCGAAGGUGGCUUUUCUAUUGGCUCUGUAGAUAAAGAGGGUCAGCUGGGAAAGCAGCUCAGUCACUUCUUCUCAGAGAAUGAGGACUUCCGCUGCAUCACCGGUAUGUGUGUGGAUAUCAAUGGGGAUUUGCUGGUAACGGACAGUGGCAGAAAAGAAAUCCUCCAGUUUCCCAAAGAGGGUGGAUUCAAAGUUCUCAUCCAGGAAGGUCUGACCUGCCCUGUAGGAGUGGUCACGACCCAGAAAGGACAGCUGCUGGUGCUUGAUUGUUGGGACCACUGUGUCAAAGUCUACACUUACCUUCAGAGGAGGCACUCCUCCACUUCCUAGAGGACAAUUCAGAUGUAUUAGGUAUGUGUUGGAAAGCGUGUUUGAAAAAGGUAGACUCACACUGUAACCUGUCACUUUAGUUUGGCUGCAGACCAAACGAGUCUUUUUUGGGUUAUUAAAUGAGAAAUAUAGUCAAACUGGUUUAGUUUGAAACCCACUGCAUUUUAUUGUAAUCAAAUAAAAUGAUGCUACUUAAGCUGCCUAUUAUCUAAUAAUUUAAAUGAAAAACAAAACUUGGUAAAUUGUUUUACUACAAAUAAUACUUGCAAUAGUUGUCAAUAGAAGCCAACAAUUGUGAGGCUGCUGCAGUCACAGUUUACUGAUACGUGCACCAUUCAGCCGGAGUGUGUGUGAUGUAUGGCUUUCACUAAUCUGGCUCAGACAUGCAACAAAGAAUAUGAUAAAGAAAAGCUGACAGAUUUGCAUAUAAAAUGAAGCAUACCAAGGCUUUGGGCCUGUGAAGCACUUUAUUAUUGACAAACACUGUUUUCCUAGUGUGAGGUUUUAGUAGCACAGGCUAACAUUGAUGUUGCUGAAUGCAGCAGGCGCUUUAAAUGUUUACUGUGCAGUUAGCUAAUGGCAAACAGUAAAAGUAUACAAAUUCAUUGGAUUUCAUUCAGGGAACAUUAGCUUAGAAUAUUAUCUUACUACAGGAUAGAGGGUUGAAAACUAAAUUACAACAUGAUAGGCAAUGGUGUCAUUUUCCUGGCUGCUGCGGGUUAACACUUCUUUGAGGGGAAUGCAAACAGAUACUGAUGUUUAAUUUGUAGGCCACAUUAUUAUCAUUUUGUCCUGGUACCUAAUUAAUACUGCCUAGCUAGCAUAUGUGCUGUGUAUUUUGAAUCAGCGCACCAGCUUAAAAAGCAAAUAUUACAAAAAAGCUAAUGUAUGAUCUACAAACAAAAAAUGUUCUGUCCAUUCUUUCAUUCAACCUCUCCAUGUGAGUUACAAGCCACUGCCUCACUUGUGUCCUAGGAGGCAGGCUAACCUUCUGCAAGAUAACAUGUCAUCUGCCCCAUACUGUAUCCUAUUUUACUUUGAUCACUUACACUGUAGCUCCUUUUCUAAUUCCCACUUGUCAGACAGAAUUGUGUCCAUUGUUAUUAGCGUACCAAAUGUUCAAGAUCAUUUUUAUAACAUGAAAGGCUUUAAAUUGCAUUAUUAUUAUUUUAUUAUCUAAGGACUAACCUUCAACUAAAUCAUGCAAUCUUCUAUCAAUUACUUUUUCCAGUAAAGCCGACACCAAAAAAUAGCUCUAGCACCUGGACCACAUAAUCACACAUCAGGUAUUUUUACAACCGUUGUUCAAACCUCUUCCAGAGAACCUUUCCAUGCCUGGUCUGUGGUUACACAAUCUUUAUGGGAAAACCUGCAGGAGUGUUCAGAAUAUCAUUGCAAAUAUAAUAAUAUGAGGUGAAUACUCACACACCAAACCUGGCUCUGUUGGUUGCAUGUUGCUAUGUCACCAUCAGGUUUUUAUUUAACACUAGACAACUUGCAACCUGAGACAACAGCCAUAUACCGUGUUCUUGAAUAAGUGGAAGUCAACAUUAAAUUCAUCUUCAGCUUAACUGAUUUCUGGGUCCAUAUGAAGCAUUAGAAAGCUGCUUUUGUCAGGUAAAAUACAAAUAAAAAAAGACACUUUUAAAUCGUAAUAUUUUGUGAAAUAUGGGGAAUCAAAUUAAUCAUUGAAACCCCGCCCUGUUUGUAUCUGAUGUCCUUAAAUUCGUAGAUAGUUAAUAUGCCUUCCUGCCAAUACCUAUCUUCUUGAUAUGCUCAUAAGAGUUUAUCACUAACUCAGCCUUAAACAUGGUUUCACAAAACUGACCUUAACUCUGCACCUGGAGCCCUAUUCAACAGAAGAAUACAAAUAUAUUUAAAACAUCUGACUGUGUUGUAAACAAUAAUUGUGUGUGAUAUUUCAAAUAAGUAAAGUGUUGAGGUCAAGGAAUAAAUAGAUCUGAAUUUGAGUACACGGUGAAGUUAGUUAUUUCCUUGUGCUUUUUCACUUUACAUUACAUAUUUGUUUUAAUUGUUAUGCCAAUUACAACACUAAAGUAUAGCUGUGAUUCAAGAUUGUCUCAGCUGCAUGUCAACCUUGCCAUACAAACACUGUUCUUGAGUCACUUUAUUCAUGGUAAUAGAAGUAGUUAUCACUAGAAAUUCAAACGUUAGACAGAAAUGCUAUGAGAAAAAUCAAG